CCUCUGUUGCCUGCAAAUAACGCGAAAAUCUCUCUGAAGAAAAAAAAAGAAAAAAGAAAAAAAGAAAAAUAAUCGAACCAGUCGUGGGAAUGAUCCGAAAGAACAUGAACCAGAGAAAUUUGAAGAAACCCUAAUCUUAGCCACGCUUUUAUCCAUCUUCUUCGUCUCUUCUUCUAUCGUUCUAAUCUGAAAGGCGCCAAGAUUGGUACGGUGGAGCUAGGCUAGGGUUAGGUUUAGGCUUCGGGAAUUAGGGUUAGGGUUUUGAUUACCGGCUGAUUUCUCCCGUUACCUGGGAGGUGCACGAGGACGAAAUUGAAGGCGGAGUCAUUUUGGGGAUUCAGCGUUAGGGUUAAGUGUUCCUUUUCAUGGGCCGCGCGGGAGUUUAUGGUGGUGGUUUGUGUCGGUUAUGAACGUUGACCAAUGCCAGUGGCCGAAGAAGAUGAUGGGUAGGGGAGUGGACGGAGGUUGUGGUGCUGAAGAUAAACCUUGCCGACCAUUUCGCAGGGCUACGCCUGAGAAGGAAAAUGGGAAGAAGGGCUUUGAGGAUAAGGGUUCGCCGGAAAUCGAUUUGUUAGCUCAGGCUAGCAAAAAUCUCUCAGAGAGGUCUCCUUAUGAUGUUCCUGAAGAUGGCUCCACUUUGGUGGCAAGUGUGCCUACUCUACCCAUUGUGUUUGCUAAUUUGCUCAACCAAACGGAUAACAAGAAACGGCAUAAGAAGUCUCAUUCUGGGACGGAUAAGAAGAAGAAGAAGUCUUCUAGGCAAGGGGAUAAGUUGCGAACUGGGAGCAUCUGGGUUGAACAUCAGGACUAUUUUAGGCGCGUAGAAUUGCCUGAUUUAGAAACUUUGUCAGAUUUAGCAUCUCUACGAUCUUUAUCUUCUAGAAACUGCUUUUCAGUGCCAUCUGUGGAAUACGAAUCCAUUAAUAUUCAACAGAGGGAAACUGAUGCGAGUGCAAAGAAUGAGGAUGUUGUUUGUGCAGAAGGCGUUGUUCUGGAAGAAAUUAAAGACCUUCUUAGCAAAGAGAUAUCUGAAGGCACAGUAAAGAAAGAAGAGGUGAACGAGGAUGGUGGGCAGCCAAUGAGUGUUGACAAUGUGGGGGAUGAAUUAUCCUCUGGGACAGACUAUUCUGGUAGUUUAGAAUGGGUUUUAGGCUGUAGAAAUAGGAUUUUGUUGACAUCAGAAAAGCCCUCCAAAAAGCGGAGGCGUCUUGGUGGUGAUGCAGGUUUGGGAAAAUUAGUGGUUGCCGCUCCUUGCAAAGGCAAUGCGUUGUUAUGUGAUUUUUGCUGCACUGGUGAGGCCAAGGAAUAUCAUAACCAGCUGAUUGUUUGCUCUUCCUGCAAAGCUACAGUUCAUAAAAAAUGCUAUGGUGUUGUUGAAGAUACAGAUAAAUCGUGGUUGUGCUCAUGGUGUGAGCUGGAGAAUGCUCGUAGUGAUUCUGAAAGACCAUGCUUGCUUUGUCCCAAAAAGGGUGGCAUCCUGAAACCUGCUCUCUCUAAAACUGAGAAUGGUGGGCCAGCGGAGUUUGCUCAUCUGUUUUGUUCUCUGUGGAUGCCUGAGGUGUAUAUAGAAGACUUGAAAAAAAUGGAGCCUAUCCUGAAUUUGCCUGGAAUAAAAGAAACUCGGAGGAAGUUAUUGUGUAACUUGUGCAAGGUGAAAUCUGGUGCUUGCAUUCGGUGUUGUAAUGGAUCAUGCCGAACGUCUUUCCAUCCAAUAUGUGCAAGGGAGGCAGGGAAUAGGCUAGAGGUCUGGGGAAAACAUGGGUGUGAUACUGUUGAACUGCGAGCUUUCUGCUCGAAGCAUUCAGAUAUUCAAGAAAGUGGAAGAUCCAUAGAGGGAGGAGAAAUUAUUGCAGCUGAUAGUCGUUCUCCUGUAUGUCAUCUUCCAUCAGAAUGUGUAAGAGAAGGUCACCUAAGAAACGAUGAGAUGGGAAUUGACGUAGGAACUCCGGGAUCUGAUAUUUCGAGAAACAGUGACGUGCGAGAACUGGGAUCACCGCGUUCAAAUAUUAACUGGUCUGCAACAGACAAUGUUGAAUCAGAGAUGACUUGGAGAAGCACCGAUAAUGAAAGAACCCUGUCCGAGUCUCUUAGUUUUGGAUUGAUUCUGAAAAAGUUGAUCGAUCUGGGGAAAGUGGAUGUGAAGGAUGUGGCUGCAGAGAUUGGGGUCAAUCCUGAUGCUUUGAAUGCCAAACUUAUGGAUGGAGACUUGCUGCCUGAUUUACUAGGCAAGAUAGUUAAAUGGCUUAACCAGCAUGCACACAUGGGUGCCCGGAACAAAGGCGAAAAAUUUAGAAGUACCAACACUACAAUAUCUGAGCGUCGGGCAGCUAACUGUACUGAGGAUAUGGUGAUGUUAGAUUCGGACAUCUUAGAUCCUGCUGUCACAAAGGCUUUUUCUUUGGAGCGAACACCCGAAAGCAGUAUUUGUAAUAAUAAUACGAUAUGUACCUCUGCCGAAAAUUGUACUGGUAAUGGUAUUGUGGUUGAUGAAGCUAAAGCUAAUGGGCCAGUCUUGAAGAAAGAUAGUUCUGGGAAUUUGGCAUCUGAUCAUUCUCCAGAAGAACAGAAAUCAGUAGUUGUUGAUCAGGAAGUUCAUCUCGGGAAAAGUUCUGUUAAUCGUUCUGAUGAUCACGGAGAACAAUCCAACUCUAGUUCUUCUGGAGUCAUUCUGGAGAAUGCCGUUUCCUUGGGGACUAAUGGAAAUUUGAACAGUCCAAGCCCUAUUAUCUUGGAUCUCCUUGAUAAUGAACCAUAUCCUGGUUUCAAUCCUCAUCCUUAUAUCCGUAAAGAAUUGUCAGAGAUGGGCAAGGGCCCUGAAGAAGGAAACAAACAUCUGCAGGACGCUGGCAAUCACACUAUCUGUUGUAACCACCACAAUCAGAAUGCAGAUUGCGGAGACAAAUUCUGUCAGUUAUCCAAAGCUAGGAAAUUGGGCAUACUGGAUCUGUCUCCUGAAGAUGAAGUGGAAGGAGAACUUCUAUAUUAUCAGCUUCAGUUACUUAGCACUGCAGUUCCAAGAAAGCAACUAUCUGACAAUCUAGUGUAUGAAGUUACCAAAAAGCUGCCCCUGGAGAUUGAUGAACAGCAUGGACGAAGAUGGGAUGAUGUUCUGGUCAAAAAAUAUUUCCAUGAUGUCAGGGAAGCAAGAAAGCAAGGUAGGAAAGAGAAAAGACACAAACAAGCCCAGGCUGUUCUAGCUGCUGCUACUGCUGCAGCAGCAACAUCUUCUCGGAAUACAUCGCUAAGGAAAGAUAUGACAGAAGAACCUGUACAACAAGAGAUGAGUACCUCUAGACGUAAAGUGACUGGCAGCUCUCACCUAGUGCCACAGACAAAGGAAACACUUUUAAAGAUGGCUGUUUCCAGUCCACCAUCUGACAAACGGUCUGAUCAUCGUACACCAGACUUUUCAGAAAAUCCACGAAGUUGUGACAUCUGCAGACGCGCUGAAACUAUAUGGAACCUGAUUGUAGUGUGCUCUAGUUGCAAGGUUGCUGUUCACAUGGAUUGCUACAAAUGUGCUAAAGAAUCUACUGGUCCUUGGUACUGUGAACUAUGUGCGGAAUCUACUGGUUCUUUCAAUUUUUGGGAAAAACCGUAUUCUUCUACAGAGUGUACUUUAUGUGCUGGCACAACUGGGGCUUUUAGGAAGGCCACAAAUGGGCAGUGGGUACAUGCAUUUUGUGCUGAGUGGUCCUUGGAAUCAACCUUCAGAAGGGGGCAAAUAAAUCCUGUGCAGGGAAUGGAGUCUCUGGCCAAGAACACGGACACUUGUUGUAUAUGCCAACGGAUAUAUGGUGCAUGCAUUAAGUGUAGUUAUGGUAACUGCCAGACGACAUUUCACCCAUCCUGUGCCAGAAAUGCGGGCUUUCAUAUGACUGGUGGUGGGAAACUUCCACAUAAGGCUUACUGUGAGAAGCACAGCUUGGAACAGAAGGCAAAGGCCGAAUCUCAGAAACAUGGGGCAGAGGAGCUGAAAAGUCUCAAACAUUAUAGGGUUGAACUGGAGAGAUUACGCCUUCUGUGUGAGCGGAUAGUCAAGAGGGAGAAGUUAAAGCGAGAGUUGGCUGUUUCCUCACAUGAAAUACUUGCUGCCAAAAGGGAUCACGCAGCACGGUCCUUGCCAGUCCGUAAUCCAUUUUCUUUUCCAGAAGUGUCGUCGGACUCAGCGACAACAUCAAUAAAAGGUCAUCCAGAUAGUAAUAUAUCUGGCAGUGAAGCAAUACAGAGGUCAGAUGAUAUCACCAUUGACAGCACAGCCUCUGUUAAGCGCCGAGGCAAAGGUCCCAUUUUAAUGGACACUGAUCAGAGAACCGACGAUAGUGCUACUUCCAAGGGUCGGUUUUCCCGUAAGCCAACCGAAAGCCAAAUAUUUUCCGGGAAAACCGUUCCCCGCAAACAUUGUAUAGUCUCACCUAGUGUUUCAGAGGAUGGAGAUAAAGACUCAAAGCCCAAGAAGCAGCAUGUAGAAACAUUCGCGAAGGAGCUUGUGAUGACAUCGGAUGAAGCUUCGUUCAAGAACCGGCGGCUCCCAAAGGGAUACUUCUAUGUUCCUGUUGAUUGCCUGCAAGAAGACAAGCCGGGCAACCCGAAGGCGGCUUCAUCGGACAAGCCAAUAAACCAGAAGGCCUCUUCAGGUGAUCCGUCAGGUAAAGACGGGUAAAGCUUGAGAACAUAUGUUUUGGGCUCAUUGCUCUUUACCCUGAUUAAGAUACUGGCUAGUGGUGGACAUCGCUUCUGCGCCCUUACCAGGAUUCACCAACUGGCUUAAAGCAACAAAAAAAAAAAAAGAACAGAUGGUAUUGCUAAUUUGCUACAAAAGAGCUGUGGCUGCGACUGAGACUCUCAGCUAAAAAGGCCUUGUGAAGCUUUUGGGUACUCAAAAACAAACUGUGGCUAUGCUAGUGUUUGAGAUUUGAGAGUAAAGAAAAAAAAGGCUUCAGAUUGGAUUCAGGGUAGUGAGAAAAAAAGCUCCCUAUGACCUUAUAAAGAAGAAUCGAUCAUGUGUAAUUCUGUUUGUAUAAAGCAAAAAAAGAAAAAAAGGGUUGCGUAAGUGUAAAUAUUCAUCAUUGUGUCUAAAAUCUGACAGAAGGGUAUAAUAGUUUGUCUGAAA